GGGCUGCAGGCGUGGGCCGGGCGGCAGACCCACGGCGGGGAUCGGAGCGGACAGUGUCCGGAGUGGGCCUGGGCCCUGGCCCUCCCUGGCUGCCCACACCUCUACAGCCUAGGGUCGGGCUCGGCUGGGAGGAGCUAGGAGGGAUCUCCUGGUGUGGUCAGUCGGAGCACAGAAUCACCCCGCUUCCUCCGCUGUUCCUACGAGAAUUCUGCCAGAUACCAGGAGAGAUGGGGAACAGCAAAAGCUCCUCGGGGCAGAAUUUUCGUUCCCAGUUUCUUCUUGAGGAACAGGCUGAGAUAGACAAAUUGUUUGCUGCCCUGUCAUCCGAUGAAAACAGCUCAAACACCUCAUCCAAGUCCUUCUCUUUGAAGGCACUAAAGAACCACAUUGGGGACGCUCUUCCCUUGGAGAUGGUCACCAGACUGUACGAUGGCAUGCGGAGGCUCGACCUGACAGGGAAGGCACAGGGGCCCAGUGAGCACGUGUCCCAGGAGCAGUUCUCAGUGUCCAUGUCCCACCUGUUGAAGGGAAACUCAGAGGAAAAGAGUCUGGUGAUUCUGAAAAUGAUCUCGGCUACAGAAGGGCCCGUGAAAGCCAGAGAAGUCCAAAAGUUUACAGAGGACCUGGUGGGCUCUGUGGUGCACGUGCUAAGCCACAGACAGGAGCUGAAGGGCUGGACUCAGAAGAAGACCCCAGGUCCCGCCCCAAGUGUGCAGGUGCUGGCCACUCAGCUGCUCUCCGAGAUGAAGCUUCAAGGCAAGUGCCCAGGCAUGGGCGGGCAGCACAAUUACUUUGGCCUUUGGGUGGAUGUCGACUUUGGGAAAGGACACAGCAAAGCCAAGCCCACGUGCACCACAUACAACAGCCCGCAGCUGUCUGCCAAGGAGCACUUCUGCUUUGAUAGGAUGGAGGUGUGGGCGGUCGGGGACCCCUCGGAGGCGGAGCUGGCCAAGAGCAAUAAGAGCAUCCUUGACGUGGACCCUGAGGCCCAGGCCCUGCUGGAGAUCACUGGGAGGACCCGCCACAGCGAAGGGCUCCGGGAGGCCCCGGAGGAGAAUGACUGAGCAGGAGCCAGGGCUGGGAUUCAGCGGAGUAGAAGGCCCGUCCGUGGCCCAUCCCCUUCCUCAUUGGCUUAACUUUACUAGAGUACACGGGCCAUAGCCAGGUGGUCCUGGACGUGCUCAAUCAGAACCAGAAGCAAGAAAAAUCCCUCCGAUGCCCUGGACUGAUGGGCGGUGUUUCUCCCACAAAUCAUUACGUGUCAAGUGAGUGACUUAACCUUACCCUUUGUUCAUUUUCUAUCAAUGAGAAGGUAGAAAUGAAGGCUAAAGACUUUGAUGAUAACACGGUCUCAUGGUGG